GGCUUAUUCUCUUUUCAGACAGUAUAUAGUAUAUAGUAGUUAGAAGGUUAUGAGCCUAUUACUAUAUUUUCCUUAUGUCUGAGCACAUCUAUUAGCUUUAUUUCAAUUAUUUGAAUUGAAAUUCUUAAAAUAUGUGAGGAGCAUUUAUUACUUAUUUAUAGACUAUAUGAAUAGGAUAACAAAAUAUUAACAUAGUCAAAUGUAUUUGAAAAUGCAUUUAGAAAGCACUACAAUAUAUAGUUUGAACUGUUCCCAAUUGUUUUCAGAGAUCUGAUUUCCAUCUGUUGUUACGGUGUUAGAGAGCGAGAGAGAGAAAAAGAGAGAGAGAGGGAGAUCAUUUGGAGAAGUCGGUGCUUUGCUCACUUGGGUUUUGGGGAGUGAACCAAACAGCCAUGGUAAUAAAAGUCUUCAUAGCAUCAUCCUCUGGAUCGACAGCGAUUAAAAAGCAGCAGCAAGACAUCAUGGGUUUCCUAACUGUCAACAAGAUUGACUUUAAGGAGUGUGACAUCGUAACUAGUGAAGAAAACAGGAAAUGGAUGAGGGAGAACGUACCUGAGGACUUCCGACCAAUGACGGGGGUCCCCCUGCCUCCACAGAUAUUUAAUGAAGAACAUUACUGUGGGAAUUACGAGGCCUUCUUUGAUGCCCGUGAAGAGCAUGCAGUGUAUGCAUUCUUGGGCCUAACAGCCCCUCCAGGCUCCAAGGUAAAGACCAAGGCCUUAUGGACAUACUACGUCUGUCAAAACCACACACAGAGGACCAUACUCAUGUGAAGCAGAGGCCUUGGCUAGACUGGAGCAACAGUAGCCGCAUGGUUUUGAUUAGCAGACCACAGUGCCCUCUCCUGUCAUCCUCCAUUCAGCUCUACAGCAGCUUGCCACUGCUCGUCUGGAAAACGUCUUCUCAGACCAAUCAUAGCGCUUUAUUUUGUUGUGAAAGGUAAUCAGAAUGGUAUCAAAUUGACCAAAUGUUGUGUUUUUUGACAAUGUCUUUAAAGUGGUGACCUUGUACUGUUACAAUAGUUCAAGUCAAUGCUGGACAGUAUCCCAUGUUCAAUAUCAUAUUGAAAUCAAGGCAGAAUGAGUGCCCAAAUACUAGGAAUUUAGUAGAUGACAAAGACAUGCUUUGCACAUAUGAGAAUAUUUAAUUCAAUGAGAUAUUUUUCAUGUUUGAUAAUAAAAGUGUUACUUUUA